AUGAGUCUUGAUUUGAGUGUUACUGUAAUUUGUUUUUUAAUAGCUAAAGCGCACACAUCACUCCUCACUCACUCGGCGGCACACACAAAACCCUUUCUCAGUCACUCACUCGGCAAAAGAGAAGCGUCGACGGUCUGCACACGGUGGGUGCUUCAUCGACGGCAGCGACCUGUGGCGGAGGACAGGGUUCCCUUCGCUCUUGGAGUUCGCAUCGGGCAGAGAAGCUUCUCUGCAUUGCGCUGGGACGCAAAACCCUUGCAGCAAUCAGCACCACGGCGCAGCCGCACACCUCUGAGACGCCACCGCAAUCAGGAAUUUGACAAAGCGUAUGGUCCGGUCUGGCAUUGCAUUGUAGGCUCAAAUUUUGGCUCAUUUGUGACACAUUCAACGGGGUGUUUUCUUUAUUUUUCAAUGGAAAAUUUAUAUAUACUACUGUUCAAGACCAAAGUUAAGAAGGCGUUGGAUUAAGGUACAUAUUAAUUAUACAUAUAAGAUUCAGCAACUACUUUUUAGAAGUUGUACAUAUCUCUCGUGUGAUCUUGUGAGAGGUAAUAGAAGUUGUGUGUAUAAUUUAGAAUAAAUUAUUCUCGUAUCUUCUGAGCGCUUGUUAU